AUGGGCGCGUUAUUCUCACCUCCGGAUUCGCCCCUGAAGGAAGGCCGGAUCUUGCUGCCCUUGAGUGGGAACUCGAGGUCGGCCCUCAAGACACGGCGGAUACUUUUGAUGAUAUGGUUAUUCUUAAUUAUAGCCUUCAUUUACGAGUAUUACCCAUAUUCUCAGGACCAAGAAUUAAUACUGCCGCCACAAAAUGUCGCUCCAAGUGUUCAGGAGAACGCAGCACCGGAAGGGGUGGUCCCAACUGAGGAAAGCUUGACAGACGAUGUCGAUGGACCUCAUCCUGACAUACCAUUCGACCCACCAGGGCAGACUCCUUUGACGGGACAGGACCACCAGGGGCACAGAAAUGGCCUGAAGCGUCCGGGUGGUGGAUCAGCGAGAAAGACUCAUGAGGUUGUUCCCACGAAAGACUUCGAUGAGGCCUUCAGGCGGAUCAUCAACCUUCUGCCAGGCGAAUUGGAGAUUCGCGGUCUUCUACAGCCUCUAGAUUCAAUGACUGGCGAGGCACGCCUCCGGGAACUCGGGGUCCGCACGCGCAAUUACAAGAAGUACCUCGAAGCCUGGGAGGACCUGCACCUGGUGCCCGACUCAGAGGGCGGCACUUACAUCCGCGACGAUGUGCUUCAGUACAUCCAUGACCAGCACCGCAUCUCCAACAACGAGGAGGACGGCUACAACGACCUGGCCGAGACCGUCCAUGCGUACGAGUCGUACCGCCAGCUGCUGGUGCGGCUCAGCGAGCUGCUCUUCCCGUUCACGGCGCCGUACUUCCCCGACCACAUGACGCUCCGCUCGCACAUCCAGAAGGGCGGCCGCGGCAUCGCCCUCACAGCUGGCAACGACCAGGUCGCCUACCUUCUCACGCAGAUUCCCAUCCUGCGAAGGCUCGGCUGCGACCUGCCCAUCGAAGUCAUGUACGCCAGCGACGCCGAUCUGAACCGCGACUCUAGGCAGGAUCUCGAGGACCUCGAGGGCGUGGUGACGCGGGAUAUUGGGGCCAUGGUGCGCGAUCAGGGCUGGACCCUUGCGGGCUGGGCUAUCAAGCCUUUUGCUAUCCUGCUGUCUAGCUUCCGGGAGGUCAUCUUCAUCGAUUCAGACAGCUUCUUCUUCCGGAACCCCGAAGUGAUGUUCGACGACCCUGGGUAUGUCAAGACGGGAGCUCUGUUCUUCCGGGAUCGUCUGAUCAUGCCAGAGCUUAGGAGGCGCUGGUUGCAGUCAAUCCUCCCGCAGCCCGUAUCGAGGAAUGUCAAGCAGAGCAGGCUGUGGUCGGGUGAUAGCGGCCACCAACAAGAGAGCGGUGUGUUGGUCGUCGAUACGUACCGACACUUCAUGGCAAUGCUUCUAGUCACGAGGAUGAAUGGGCCGGACCGGGAUGGGAAUCGGGAUGAUCACAAAGUCGGCGUCUAUGACAUGGUAUAUGGCGACAAAGAGACAUUCUGGCUGGGUUUCGAACUGGUCGGCGACACCGACUAUGUCUUCCAUCAAGGCGACACGGGAACUCUGGGCGUAAUGAAGCCAAGCGAAGAAGAGGACAAGCCUGAUCUCUCCCAGUGGGCGGCCCCCGAGAACAUGACGGAUCCGGAGGCUGAAAACGAGCUCGACCCCUCAGCCGCCGUCCCCUCAGCCGUCCCGCAGCCCAGCCGGAAGAUGUGCGCGCCGCAGCUCCUGCACCUCGACCUGGACGGCAAGCCCUUCUGGUUCAACGGCGGGCUGGUGAUGAACAAGUUCCUCGACCGGCGGCAGUGGAAGUUCGGCACGUUCGAGAGCUACCUCAUCGAGCCGCACGAUAUCAGGGAGCCCGGCGCGUGGAUCCUCGGCGACGGCAACAUGUGCUGCUUGACUACGGACCACCACCUGUAUGGCAUCCUGACGCCGGCGGAGAAGGAUCUCCUCGAGGAGAUGAUCACGGUGGCGCGGAAGAAUGGCAUUGCGCGCUGA